AUGCUCGCAAGAUCGUCGUUCGUGUCCAGUCGUGCGACUGCAAGCCAAGACGACCCAAACAUACUUCUCAUCACUGACACAACCAUGACCCAGCAUCCAUGUCGACCGCUGGUUGGGCCAUUGAUGUACGCUGCCGUAUGUACGACAUCAGAUGUUGCGCGUGCGGCGGAGGGAUGGUUCAUCUUUUACAAAGCACCCUUCGAUGCAACAUUGUUGGAUGCGCGUCGGGUACAGUUGUAUCUUGUUUUGAUUCAAGAUGCAGCAAUAAAGUACGGUGGAGGUGCGAAUGAUCUCACGAUCAAGAGACCAACGGAUGCUACCGCUUCACCCACUGAGGCUGAUAGCGUUGUGCUGCACGCUGCAGCUGAAGAAUUGUUGUGGCUGCGUUGCCUUCUAGGGCGACCGCGUAGGUCCAAGACACAAUAG